CUGUGGCUGAAUGGGGCGUGUCCGCAGAAGACUGACUGCUCCAUCCGCCAAUCGCGGCCUGCCGCCGUCCGGAAACCGUUAAUAGCUUGGUCAGCGGAGCCCCCUGGUGUGGUGCGCGGUGCGUGUUUACAGCGUCGCCUUGUGCCCUUUAUUGUGGACUUGAUUCGGCUUUUGGAAGAGGUACCGUCUCCAGGUCACGGUUAGUGUUGGGCCUUUAGAUUGGAGCGGCCUGCUCUUGAGUUUAGAGCAGCCGUGUCAGCAGCGACGGACGGCUAGGGCUAUUAUCUGGCGUUAGCAUACGAUGCGCACAACGGGCUUCUCAUCUCCAAGUUGUACAGGGGGUAAAGGGUAAAGUUCUGGCUUGACUCAGCCGAAAACCCCCCUUUGCUUGUUCGGUUCGGUUCGGUUCGGUUAAAAUGUCCUCUCCCAGGUGAUGGACGAAGGCCGGGUUUUACCGUGACUCGGUCGCGUUGGCGCGGCGCUUGGCCAGCCAGCCAGCCGCUUAUCUGUCCGGGGCUUGCGUUGGCUAACGCUAAAGCUACAACUCUCACACACUAGGCGGACGACGAUAAGAGAACCUCCCGCCAGCCGGUCGGCGUCAGCAGGGCCGUCCGUCGGCGGCGUCAGGCAUGGCGGACAAGGAGGAGCGGCGCUUCGCGGAGGUUCCGCGGGAGUCUGUCAAACUCAUGGCCGAGAGCGCAGGAGUGGAGCUCGGCGACGAUGUGGCAGCGCUGCUGGCUGAAGACGUGUGCUACCGGCUCAGGGAAGCAACGCAGAGCAGCUCCCAGUUCAUGAGACACGCCAAGAGGAGGAAGCUGACCGUAGAGGAUUUCAACCGAGCUUUGCGCUGGAGCAAUGUGGAGGCCAUCUGUGGCUUUGGUGCCCAAGACGCGCUGCACUUCCGCUCAGUAAAGGAAGGAGAGCUUUACUUUGUAGAGGAUCGUGAGGUCAACUUGGUGGAGCUGGCUCUGGCUACCAACAUCCCAAAGGGCUGCGCUGAGACGAUGGUGCGAGUAAAUGUGUCAUAUCUGGAUGGGAAAGGCAACCUGGAGACUCAAGGAACAGUUCCCAGUGCAGUGCAGUCCCUGUCAGACGACCUUCUAAAAUACUACCAGCAGAUCACACGAGCCAUCCUUGGAGAGGACCCACAGCUAAUGAAGGUGGCUUUGUUGGACCUUCAGUCCAACUCCAAGAUCGCUGCUCUCCUGCCUUACUUUGUUUACGUUAUAAGUGGGGUAAAGUCGGUGAGCCAUGACCUUGAACAACUUAACAGGCUCCUCCACAUGGUGAGGAGCCUGGUCCAGAACCCCUACCUGUACCUGGGCUCAUACGUCCGCAGUCUGGUCUCCAGUGUCAUGUACUGCAUCUUGGAACCGCUGGCUGCCUCCAUCAAUCCCCUCAAUGAUCACUGGACCCUGAGGGACUACGCAGCACUCCUCCUCAGCCAUAUCUUCUGGACUCAUGGAGACCUGGUGAGUGGUCUGUACCAUCAGAUCCUGCUGUCUCUUCAGAAGGUGCUAUCUGACCCAGUCCGUCCACUUUGCUCUCAUUAUGGCGCUGUAGUAGGGCUUCAUGCUCUGGGAUGGAAGGCUGUUGAACGAGUGCUGUACCCACACUUACCAGCCUACUGGGCUAACCUCCAGGCAGUGUUGGAUGACUACUCAGUGUCCAAUGCACAGGUCAAAGCUGAUGGACACAAGGUCUAUGGAGCCAUCUUGGUGGCAGUGGAGCGGCUGCUGAAGAUGAAGGCUCUGUCUUUAUCCCAGUCAGCAGAGGGAGGGGCCAGUGGCCAGACAGGCUUAGGGGUUGGUGCCAUGGGCUACAGGGUAAGUUCCCCUGGCCUCAGCCCACCCCCAGAGCCUCUGUCAGAGGCUGUCCUAGGAAUUGCCAUCCACCUGCAGGCCGGUGGGGCCGGCUGCCCCUGGGAGGAGUGGACCCCUGUUCCGCUGCCUGCUAUGUACUGUGAACUCUACUCUUUCUUUGGAGACAGCCUGGCAGUCAGGUUUAGCACUGGACCUGGACUCGGGGGCUGCCCACCCUGUGCCCUCUCCCAGCCCAGCAGUGCGAGGAAAGAGCCCCCCGGCUCUGCCACCAACUCGGAUACUACCCGUAAAAUGCCACAGCUGACUGCCAACCUCAACAUCAGCCCUAGGCAAGAUGGGAGUCCUCGCACAGAGCCUGCUCCACCUAGCUUAGCUGCUACUGGCCUUGGGAGGUCUCUGGCUCACUCUUCUUCCUCGGUACAGCGCUCCAGGUCCUCAUCCUCACGUACAGGCCAACGUUCAGUGGGUCCAUCCCGUGACAUCUUCCCGAAGGCACGCUUCACCUCUCCAAAAACUGGACCUCCAACAUUCUCAUUCCUUAUUGGUGGACGGCAGAUGGGCCGACGUUGCAAAGGGCGGCGGCCCUUCCAGACCAUUUUCCCCCCACCACCGCCACUGUCUUCUGUCCCACCCCGCGCCUACGCCCACAAGCUGCCCGUCAUCGGCAGAGUGGGCAAGCCUGUUCGCUGUUGGGCGUGUUCACAUUACUCCCUUCACCUGCCCCUCUGAGAGAGAUCAAGGCACACCAAAAAGUUCAGGGACAAUAGCUUAGACCUGAGGGAGAGCAAGAGGACUUCACACAGACUCCUGCCUGGGAGGAAAGACUUGAGCCUUAAGGAAAUGGAAAAGACUGAAACUUAACUUUAUUCUCUUUGUGUUUAAGUUUGUAGAGUAAUGGAGAGUUGAUGGAAGAGCUCUUUUCACCUAAAUACGAAAACUCAACUGGCCAGAGGGCAGCUAAGAGACAUCUGACUACAUUUCUUGUUCCUGCGCGAUUUUUUUUUUUGGACAUCCUUGAUCACAGCUAUUAUAGAAUAAAAUUUCACUGACUGCUACAA